CCUCGUCUGUCCUCGUUAAAUUGCCCAAAUGUGCCUUUUGUCUUUGUCCUCCCUCCCCCCUCUUUGUCUGUUUCUUCUGCCACUACUUCCUUCAAGUCACUCUUCCUCUUCAUUGCACUCGUUUAUCCCAACGGGCCCUCACCGUAUCCCACGAACCCGACGACCUUCUUCCUUGUCGCUCCCCACAAACGCACACCCGCCUGCACAUCCAUACUCGUGCUGAUACCCAUAUUCGUCUUUGCACCCAUACUCGUCUUUGCACCCAUACUCGUCUUUGCAUCCAUACUCGUCUUUGCACCCAUACUCGUUCUCACACUCACACUCGUUCUCGCACUCACAUCCAUACUCGUCCCCACGCGUGCACGGACAUAUAUACCCUCCUUUGAUCCUAGCGAUCCUGCGAGCAUGGCAUUGGCAAUAUCCAGUCCCGUUUGGGUGGAAAUCACCGAUCCUGAAUCCCACAACACUUUCUACGCCAACCUGGCCAGCGGGGAGUGCAACUGGUCCCUUCCGGAGGGAGCCACCAUUCAGCACCAGAGCCCGGCGGGCGAGUGGUGGGAGCUGUUUGAUGAUAUCCAUAAUCUGCCUUAUUACUACAAUACAAAGACCGGCCAGACUGAAUGGGAGCGACCGCAGGAUAGCACCCAUAUCAUCUCCUUAACAGCAAUCCAGAAAUCCGUUAUUGGCCAGCGCCUUUCCCUUCAUCUCUCCACUGGUGCGGCACAGGCACAGCAGAGCCGAGCAGCCGCGAGAAGGAGCGUCGAAAGACUGCAGAUCCCGUCUGCACCGGAUGCAACGGCCUCCAUCGUAUUUCUCAGUAACGCUGGCCUUCUCUCCCCAGCCGAAACCCCGACUGAACCGUCUGCAUUAUGUAACGCCGCAGGACACAGAAAUUCACUCAGCAUCUCUGAGCAGAUCGUUCUUACUCCACCGAAAGACUCCAGUAGCACAAUCUCCCUUGGAAUAUCACGAAACCUGCCCGACCCAGAGUCAGUUUCACGGCCAGAGCUGUCACCGCCAUUAUCGCCCACCACUGGCUCAGGGCUGAAGGACAUUAGUAACUGGAGAUCAAAACCCAAACACGCCAAUUCGCAACAACAACAACAAUCUGGCCCUACACUCUCGACAAACUCAAUCGUCUCGACCCUUCAAAAGGCGGCUUCAAUGACACUCAGCAGAUCUUCGUUUGCGUCAGCACAACAGAUCGCCGUUCCAUCUCGAUCACAGUCAGGGGUGAACUCCCGCCCUAGCAUUCCUCUGUCUGCCUCACAUCCUCCAACCUCAGGCAGUUCUAUGACGCUCAACAGCUGUGCGACCUUUAGUGGCACAUCAUUUCAACCUGCCCGCAAGAGUUUUCAGAUUGCUGAACGAGCCAGGAAAUUUGGUAUCGGGGCACCGAUCGUGAACGAUGAAGCAGCCAGGAAGAUGUCGCCAAUGAUAAUUGAGCAGCAACAAGAGGCCCUACGCAAAAUGUCGACUAGCCCGCCUCAAACCCCUCCGAAAUCCUCUGUCAGAGACGGAACGCAUAUUGUUCAACCCUAUCAUCCCAGAAUAGGCGGUAGCGUUUUCCCACCAGGAACACAUCCCGCUCUCCCGGCAGAGUUGCAGUCGUCUAUUUCCCAGUUUCGUAUCGCAGGAUUCGCUGAAAAGUACUUUUCAACACACAAAAAGGGGCUUUUUCGACGUAGAGUCCCCAUGGAGAAGAUGCUACUCCAUCAGAAGAGUCCGCUCAGUCAACCUUUGAUGGUUUUCGACAAACGUGGGGUUCAAAAAGACGCCCUUCGGUGCUUCAAAAUUGUGCAAAAGUUGAUGGGAGAGCGGAAGGGUAAUGGAUAUGCGGGCCCAACAGGGAUAGAGUUGGGUGAGACAUGUGUCGAUCUGUCGAUCCAAUCGGAGGACGACACCAAGCUGGUUCUAGAGUUGAUCAAGAAAGGCCUGGACCAUGGCGAACUUCGUGACGAAAUAUAUGUGCAGCUCUGUAAGCAGCUUACAGAGAACCCAAGCAGAGAGGGCAGCAUCAAGGGAUGGCACCUGUUCACUAUCUUGCUGAUCACAUUUGCGCCUUCGAAAAACUUGCACGAGUAUUUGGCCUCGUUCCUUACUCAACACGCAACAACAUCUCUCCAUCCUAUACCAGUAAUGGCUCAGCAUUGCCUCGACCUGUUGCGUAGGAUCAGCAAAAGAGGCUCCAGGGCCAAACAAUUAACUUUAAUUGAAAUUGCGCGAGCUCAAGAGGCGGCGUUCAGACCAAGCGUGUUUGAAGCGACACUUGAGCGGUUGAUGGGACGCCAAAUGGCAUCAGGAGGAGAAUGGGCUGCUUGGCGUGUGCCUCGACUCAUGGUGUUUCUGAAGGAAAGCGUUAUCAGCCUUGGAGGUCACAAGACGGAGGGUAUCUUUCGCAUUUCCGGUGACCUGGGAUCAGUAGCAGAGCUGAGGGCAAGGAUAGAGCUCGGUAACUAUGAUCUUGAAGGAAUCACCGAUCCUCAUGUUCCAUGUUCACUGCUGCGGCUUUGGAUCCGGGAUCUCCCAGAACCCAUCAUCCCAUAUGGAAUGUACCAGCAGUGCAUCCAAGGAGCAGAGGAUAAAGAUGCAGUGGCCAGAGUAAUUUCUGCUUUGCCAUUGUGGCACAAGGAAAUGAUGAUCUACUUGGUGUCAUUCUUGAAGACAUUUAAUGAUCCAACAGUCAAAGAGGCGACCAAGAUGAGCCUGGCCAAUCUAGCAAUGGUAUUCGCUCCAACGUUGCUGCAGUGCUCAAGCGACGACGCACCCAUGCUCAUGGGUCGUCUUCAGGCUGAGAGGGUGUUUGUGUCAACGCUGAUUUCAGAAGUAGAAUUCCCGGAGGAGGAUUUACGGAUCUUGGGAGAGAUAAAGGACGAUCGAUAGCGAGGCAUGGCCUUCGCAAGUUUUGUUGCGGACAUCUUACAAAGAUAGAGGCAUCAAAUGCAAACUGAGGCGUCUUUUUUCGUUUCGCUUCAGGCUGCAGCAAUAGGAAUAUAGGGUGUGAGGCUAUGAUGGAGGUUAUUCCGGCAGAACUCACAAAAUAGAAGAAAACUUCCCCUUGCCACACACCCAUAAAAAAUCAGUAAAAGUUUAGACCCACAACCGGGUACUCUUGAUUGGUCUUGGUGACUUUGAUGACGAUGACGGCGGCGGCGGCGGCAAAAAAAGCUUAGCCCAAAUACUUCAAGUAGCGCAUACAAGGUACCGGGGGAUAGCUGUUCGAAUAUCAGGACACUCAGCUCAACAAUUCGAGGGCAUGAUUCGCGCAAAUACCAGGGGCAAGGGCGAAGCACUCAACAAGGGCAAGGGCGAAGCACUCAAACGAGGGCAA